CCUCGCAAGUCAACGGACGAUGUUUUCGACGACGAAUAUGCCGUAGACGACUUUGACGGAGUCGCGGAUGGCUUUGCUCCUGGCCGCGUCCAUUCAGCCAACGACCGAUGGUCAAUCCACUCCGAAGACCCUUCGAUUCGUAGUCUUCAUGCACACAUGUCGGAUGCUCCACGGUUUUCUACUGGUCCUAGCAGGAAUAGCAUGCAUAAACCGCGAGAUGUCGACAAUCCCUUCAGCAGCACAGAGGAUGAUGAUGACGACAAUAUUGAUGAGCGCUCGGCACUGCAACGCUCAUCGAGCAUUCAGUCCUCUUCAACUGCCCAAUACGCUCCCGGAAUCGCCCACAGACUUAGUACCGCCUCAUCAUCAAGAGCUUAUGCUCGCACUGCAAGUCCUCUCCUGGGCACGGGCGGCCCUAGUCACCCUUACUCGAUGUAUCCUCAGGGCACCAAUGUAGCACGCACUCCAUCCGUAUCCACGACUGCCUCUACUGUUCGCGCCGCACAAUCUACCGCCGUCCCCAGCCAAGGACCUGCUCACCCCUACAGCAUGUAUCCUCAAAACGUUUCUGAACAUGACAUAGCGGACACUGCUGCUACUGCACCAAACCAUGCCCAGACCAUCAUUCCAGUUGGCUUCCCUGGCAGGACACAAGGCUUUGUGAGAGCACGAGGACCCGGAGACGAAGAACAGGACAUCAUUGGAGUCGAUGGUCAUUCAGAACAACUUCCCCCUUACUCCGAAUAUCCCGAGGAUGGUGUACCGAAACCAGUUGUACUACCAGCACAAAUUGCUACUCCCUCAAACGGCACUCGUGUGCAUAUUCCCUUGAUGCAGCAACAGCGUCAGCCCGAAAGUAUGUCAGAUCAGGCAACUACUCAAGGCUUUGCUGAGAUGCAACAACUGAAUUCUAACGAUUCGGAUGCCACUCCAUCCGAGAAGAAGAGCUGGAGCGAAAAGUCAUGGAAAGAGAAGCGGAAGACGCGUUUCUGCGGUAUUCCUUUCUGGUGGAUCUUGUUGUCUCUCUGCGUGCUUGCCUUCAUUGCGAUUGUGCUGGGCGCCGCUAUUGGUGGUAUUUUCGCUAGUGCUAGAAAAUCAGCUGUCAAAGCUACGACCAAUUAUUAUGACGCCUCACCUAUUCCCACAUCAUCCAUCGGGGCACCACCACCGACUGGUGUUUAUGCUCUGGACUUUGGUGCACCAAGAGCCACACAAUCAGCCUGUAUAGUCAACCAGAAUUACUCGGCCGCUUGGACUUGCAACAUCUAUGGUACGCCCCAGAUGGCCAUCAACAUUGGCCUUUCACCAGACGGAAGCGGCAACGAAGGUGCUUCUCUGUAUGGAUUCAGCAAUGCUUCUGGUAUCAACUAUGGCACGCAACCCNCUAACACUCAUUUCGCUCCGUUCAUUUCUGUCGAAGAUGAUGAUGAACCUUAUCGGGGACCUGCUUUCUAUUUUCAGACCUUCUACGACAAGUUUGUUGUUGUCCCCGAGAGCUCAUUCCCAGCAAGCGUUGCCAAUACGCAAAAGCGCUCAUAUAUCAACAGUGACUGGUUCACUCAGCACCAAGUUCAAGCUGGAGACAAGCCAUGGUUCUGCUGGUUCAAUGGCACCUUCCUCGAAGGCUUCAUUUACGCCAACAACUACACAGAUCCGAGCGAGUCCUCACCAUCUUCAUCUUCAUCUUCAUCUGCGUCUACUUCCUCGGACCUUAAACACGCCAAGUCCUCAUCGUUCCCACUGACCACUUCGACUAUUAUUGAAGUAUCAGGUCCUUCGACAACCGCUACUUUGACUUCUGCUUCCCAGUCCACUGCCUACACCCAAGCCGUCUCCAACCCUUACACGCACACUCCAAACGGACGUAAAGCAAGGCGUGGCUGGCAUCUAGAAAAACGCAUGUGGACGUUUGCCGAAUUGUCUUCUUUUGGUUAUGUUGUCAAAAUUGAAGAACGCCGUGUACCGGACAGCGUGCAACCCUACUGUCAACAGUUCCAAAUCUUGGACAAUGGUAUGGCAGGCUCUCUCGAUGAUCCAAGCACAGGGCAGCAGAUAACUGUCUACCUGGAAGAGUCUGACCCGGAUUACAGCGCCUACCAACAACAGACCUAUGGAGCGGCUCCGACGGGAUCGUCAAAGAUCAAGCGUGAUCCUAUAUCUGGCGCUUGUCAUUGUGAGUGGUGGAGUGGAUCUUCACCCGACUCGUAA